CCCCAGCGCCUGCUGAGCCGCGACCACAGACAGCAGCCAGGCGGAGCGAGCAUGGCGGGGUCCGCGGCUGCCCUGCUGCCCCUUGUCCUGCAGCUCGUGAGCCUGACUCCAGCCCGGGAAAUGGGCAGAGAUGGGGUGGUCCUCAGGGAGCCUCUCGGGCUGGCUGACGUCUAUGACUACCAGCACUCCUCAGCCCCUGCUGGGGCCACCCAGGAGCAGUGGCACCCCCUGGAGGAGCGGCUGGGAAGGCUGGAGGCUGAGGUGACUCAGCUCAGAGAGCAGAACAACGACCUGCAGGUGAGGGUGAGGCAGCUGGAGUCCUGUGAAUGCCGCCCAGCUUCUCCCCAGUGCUGGGCACUGGGGCGGGCCUGGCCCGAGGGGGCUCGCUGGGAACCUGAUGCCUGCACAACCUGCAUCUGCCAGGGUGGAGCUGCACGCUGUGACCCCAACCCUGGCCUGCCCCAGUGCCAUGGCUGCAGCCACAAUGGUCAGGUCUAUGGCAACAAGGAGACCUUCUCCCCAGAUGCCUGCACCACCUGCCACUGCUUGGAGGGAGCCAUAACCUGUACCCAGAAGCCAUGCCCAAGAGGACUCUGCCUGGAACCAGGAACAUGCUGCUCACACUGUGAGCCAGGCUGCCCUGGAGGUCACAGGGCUGGGGAAACAUGGCAACUGGAGCCCUGUGUCACCUGUACCUGCCAGGCAGGGACCGUGCGAUGCCAGGGGCCCUCAUGCUCAGAGCUCAACUGCCUGGAGAGCUACACCCCACCUGGGGAGUGCUGCCCCGUCUGCCGGCCAGGCUGUGAGUAUGAGGGGCAGCGUUACGAGGAGGGGACCAACUUCCUGUCCAGCUCCAACCCUUGUCUCCAAUGCUCCUGCCUGAGGAGCCUGGUUCGCUGCGUGCCCAUGAAAUGCCCGCCCAGCCCCUGCCCUGAGCCGGUCCUGAGGCCUGGCCACUGCUGCCCGGCCUGCCAAGGGUGCACAGAAGGUGGCUCUCACCGGGAACACGGCCAAGAGUGGACUGCACCUGGGGAUCCCUGCCAGAUCUGCCGGUGCCGGGAGGGCCACAUCCAGUGCCGCCAGCGAGAAUGCUCCAGCCUGUGCCCAUACCCUGCCCGGCCCCUCCCGGGCACCUGCUGCCCUGUGUGCGAUGGCUGUUUCCUUAACGGGCGGGAGUACCACAGCGGGGAGCCGGUGGACUCUGGGGACCACUGCUCGCACUGCCGCUGUGCUAACGGGAGUGUCCAGUGUGAACCUCUGCCCUGCCCGGUCAUGCCCUGCAGACACCCAGGCAGGAUUCCUGGGCAGUGCUGCCCAGUCUGCGCUGGCUGUGAGUACCAGGGACACCAGUAUCAGAAUCAGGAGACCUUCAGACUCCAAGAGGGUGGCCACUGUGUCCGCUGCUCCUGCCAGGCUGGUGAGGUCUCUUGUGAGGAGCAAGAGUGCCCAGUCGCCCCCUGCACCCUGCCUGUUUCUGGCCCCCAGCUGUGCCCAGCCUGCGUGCUCAAUGGAGAGGAGUUUGCUGAGGGCGUCGAGUGGGAGCCUGAUGGCCAGCCCUGCACAGCCUGCUCCUGUCAAGAUGGGGUGCCCAUGUGCGGAGCUGUGCUCUGCGCCCCAGCCCCCUGCCAGCACCCCACCCAGCCCCCUGGUGCCUGCUGUCCCAGCUGUGAAAGCUGCACCUACCAUGGCCACGUGUAUGCCAACGGGCAGAACUUCACGGACUCAGACAGCCCUUGCCACACCUGCCGCUGUGAGGAGGGGACUGUGAGAUGCUCCUUGGUUGACUGCCCACGCACAACCUGUGCCAGGCCCCAGAGUAGACCCGGCCAGUGCUGCCCCAGGUGCCCAGACUGCAUCCUGGAGAAACAAGUGUUUGUGGAUGGGGAGAGCUUCUCCCACCCCCGAGACCCCUGCCAGGAGUGCCAGUGUCAGGAAGGCCAACCCAGCUGCCAGCCUCGGGCCUGUCCCAGGGCGCCCUGUGCCCACCCACUGCCUGGUCCCUGCUGCCAGAAUAACUGCAAUGGCUGUGCCUUUGGUGGGAAAGAAUACCCCAAUGGAGCAGACUUCCCCCACCCCUCUGACCCUUGCCGCCUGUGUCACUGUCUGAGAGGCAACGUGCAGUGCCUGGCCCGCCACUGCCCUCUGCUGCCUUGUGCAGCGCCUGUCCUGCUGCCAGAAGAGUGCUGCCCGCAGUGCCCGGCCUCUCCCUCCGGCUGUCCGCUGCCCGAGGGCUUGGUCCCCGCGCGCCACCAGGAGCACUUCUCCCCGCCUGGUGACCCCUGCCGCCGCUGCCUCUGCCUGGACGGCUCUGUGACCUGCCAGCGGCUGCCCUGCCCGCCCGCACCUUGUGCCCACCCGCGCCAGGGGCCCUGCUGUCCCUCCUGCGACGGCUGCCUGUACCAGGGGAAGGAGUUUGCCAGCGGGGAGCGCUUCCCUUUGCUCACUGUUCCGUGCCACGUCUGCCUCUGCUGGGAGGGCAGCGUCAGCUGUGAGCCCAGGGCCUGUGCCCCCGCACAGUGCCCCUUCCCUGCUAGGGGUGACUGCUGCCCUGCCUGUGACGGCUGUGAGUAUCUAGGGGUGUCCUACCUGAGCAGCCAGGAGUUCCUGGAUCCCCGAGAGCCCUGCAACCUGUGUACCUGUCUUGGAGGCUUUGUGACCUGCAGCCACCGGCCCUGUGAGCCUCUGGGCUGCAGUCACCCGCUCACCCCAUCUGGACACUGCUGCCCCACCUGCCAGGGGUGUCUCUAUCAUGGGGUCACUGCUGCCGCUGGAGAAACCCUUCCUGACCCACUUGAUCCCACCUGUUCCAGCUGCACCUGCCAGGAAGGUUCCAUGCGCUGCCAGAAGAAGCCGUGUCCUCCAGCUCUCUGCCCCCAUCCCUCGCCAGGACCCUGCUUCUGCCCUGUGUGCCACAGCUGCUUCUCUCAGGGCCGGGAGCACCAGGACGGGGAGGAGUUUGAGGGGCCCACGGGCAGCUGUGAGAGGUGUCGAUGUCAGGCUGGCCAGGUCAGCUGUGUGCGGCUGCAGUGCCCACCCCUGCCCUGCCCACUCCAGGUCACAGAGCAGGGAAGCUGCUGCCCACGCUGCAGAGGCUGCCUGGCUCAUGGGGAGGAACACCCUGAAGGCAGUAGCUGGGAGCCUCCCGACAGCCCUUGCUCCUCCUGCAUUUGUCACAAGGGCGUCGUCACCUGUGGCCACAUCCAGUGUGUCAGCUCCUGUGCCCAGCCCCACCAGGGGCCCCAUGACUGCUGCCCUCGAUGCUCUGACUGUGAGCAUGAGGGCCGGAAGUAUGAACCAGGGCAGAGCUUCCAGCCUGGGGCAGACCCCUGUGAAGUGUGCAUCUGUGAGCUGCAGCCUGAGGGGCCUCCUAGCCUUCGCUGUCACCGGCGGCAGUGUCCCAGCCUGGUGGGCUGCCCUGCAAGCCAGCUCCUGCCCCCUGGGCCCCAGCACUGCUGCCCCACCUGUGCCCAGGCCCUGAGUAACUGCACAGAGGGCCUGCUGGGGUCUGAGCUGGCCCCACCGGACCACUGCUACACCUGCCUGUGCCAGGACCUGACGUGGCUCUGUGUUCACCGGGCUUGUCCUGAGCUCAGCUGCCCCCCGUCAAAGCGCCACACCCGCCCUGGGAGCUGCUGCCCUGUGUGCCAGGAAUGUGUGGUGGAGGCCGAGGGCCGGAUAGUGGCAGAUGGAGAGAGCUGGCGGGACCCCAGCAAUGCCUGCAUUUCUUGUACCUGCCAUCGGGGCCGUGUGGAGUGCCACCUUGAGGAGUGCCAGGCCCUCUCCUGCCCUCAUGGCUGGGCGAAGGUUCAGGAGGCCGGCAGGUGCUGUGAGCGAUGCCAAGCCCCCGCCCAGUCCUGUGCGCACCAGGGCCGAGAGGUGGCCUCCGGGGAGCUAUGGGCCGUGGACGCCUGCACCAACUGCUCCUGUGUGGCUGGCACCGUGCGUUGCCAGAGCCAGCGCUGCCCAUCGCUCUCCUGUGGCCGCGACGAGGCCCCCGCCCUGAAUCCCGGCAGCUGCUGCCCCCGCUGCCUGCCCCGGCCCGCUUCCUGCAUGGCCUUCGGAGAUCCCCAUUACCGCACCUUCGACGGCCGCCUGCUGCACUUCCAGGGCAGCUGCAGCUACGUGCUGACCAAGGACUGCCGUGGAGGGGACUUCAGCGUUCACGUGACCAAUGAUGACCGGGGCCGGAGUGGUGUGGCCUGGACCCAGGAGGUGGCAGUGCUGCUGGGAGAUGUGGACGUGCGACUGCUGCAGGGCAGGGUGGUCACGGUGGAUGGACGCCCCGUGGACUUGCCCUUCCUGCAGGAGCGGCUGCUGUACGUGGAACUGCGGGGACAUACUGUGAUCUUGCACACCCAGCCGGGGCUCCAGGUGCUGUGGGAUGGGCAGUCCCAGGUCGAGGUGAGCGUGCCUGGCUCCUACCGGGGCCAGAUUUGUGGGCUUUGCGGGAACUUCAAUGGCUUUGCCCAGGAUGAUCUGCAAGGCCCUGCGGGGCUGCUCCUGCCCACUGAGGCUGCAUUCGGGAAUAGCUGGCAGGUUCUAGAGGGGCCGGGACCCGGUCGGCCCUGUUCCAAGGGGCGUGAGGUGGAUCCGUGCCGGACAGCAGGCUAUCGUGCCAGGCGUGAGGCCAAUGCCCGGUGUGGGGUGCUGAAGUCCUCUCCAUUCAGUCGCUGCCACGCUGUGGUGCCACCGGAGCCCUUCUUUGCUGCCUGCGUGUAUGACCUAUGUGCCUGUGGACCUGGCUCCUCGGCUGACACCUGCCUCUGUGACGCCCUGGAAGCCUAUGCCAGCCAUUGUCGCCAGGCAGGGGCGACACCUGCCUGGCGGGGCCCCACACUCUGCGUGGUGGGCUGUCCCCUGGACCGCGGAUUCGUGUUCGAUGAGUGUGGCCCGCCCUGUCCACGUACCUGCUUCAACCAGCACGUGCCCCUGGGGGAGCUGGCCGCCCACUGCGUGAGGCCCUGCGUUCCUGGCUGCCAGUGCCCUGCAGGCCUGGUGGAGCAUGAAGCCCACUGCAUUCCACCCGAGGCCUGCCCCCCAGUCCUAGUCACUGGGGGCCAGCCACCCAGUUCCCUGCCCAGACCCAGCUGGGAGCCCCAGGGGGCGCCCUGAUCCAGGACGACACUGACCAGGACUCAUCAGUCCAGAAGUCGCCCCCUGGAGAGCAGCUCCCACCCUGA